CUCCCUCCAUUCCACCGUUACCAACCUCUCAUUUAUCGACUGUCCCGUCUUUGUCUCUUCCAUUCUCGUAAUCCUUCACAAGAUUGCACCUCGCACUUCAAAAGCCCCCCCAUCGCGACCCCCUUCUCCUUGAAUGACCCUCCCGGGCCUCCCCCGCGCCGCCAGAAUGGGAGCCAUCUGCCUCUCCGAAAUCCCUUCCCUCAGCCUCCUCUACAAACUGGGCCAGCUCACAGCUCCCACGACAAAGCCCUUCCACGCCCCGAACGCCUCCCACAACGACCGCGUCGGCCUCAUCCGCGCCGACAUCACCCACCUCCGCGUCGGCGCCAUCGUCAACGCCGCCAACAACUCCCUCCUGGGCGGCGGCGGCGUGGACGGCGCCAUCCACCGCGCCGCCGGCCCCGGCCUCCUCGCCGAAUGCCGCACCCUGGGCCGCUGCACCACCGGUUCCGCCAAGAUCACCUCCGCCUACGACCUCCCCUGCGACCGCGUCAUCCACGCCGUCGGCCCCGUCUACGACACCCUGUCCCCCGAACGCGCCCGCGCCGCCCUGGAGGGCUGCUACACGAAGAGCCUCGAGCUCGCCGUCGACAACGGGUGCCGGACCAUUGCGUUCAGUGCCAUCAGCACCGGCGUCUACGGGUACCCUAGCGACGAAGCGGCGCCUGUGGCCGUUGCUGCGGCGAGGAAGUUCCUGGACGGUCCUGACGGGGAUAAGAUGGACAGGAUUGUGUUCUGCACUUUUGAGGUGAAGGAUGUGAAGGCUUACAACAAGACUUUACCGAAAUACUUUCCGCCUGCCGAGGCUGCUGCCGGACCUGACGAGACGACCAAGGCGGAAGAGAAGAAGGAGACCGAACAGGCAAAGGCAGUUGCUGCCGAGCUACCCAGUGUGCCCAAGAGCGAACCCUCCGAGUCUUCAAUACCAUGAGUAGGCACGAGUUUGAUUUUUUU